GUCACGUGGUACGGCCGCUCCGCCUCCGCUCCCCCCCUCCUCUCCCCGCUGCUCGGGGUCAUGUGACGGGCGGCAGCGCCAAGAUGGCGGCGUCCUGCCAGGAAUCACAGUAGCGUGAAAGAGAAUUCCUUCUAGUGGACAACUACUGAGAAGAUCAGGACCUGUGAGAAAGAUCUUGAAAGCCGAAGCCGCAUCAGGCUGGAACCAUGUUAAACAAACCAGUGCUGGUGGAAUCCCUGAUCGUCUUCAGCAUCGUUCUGUGCGUGCAUGCAGUGGUGUGGGACCGCUACUCCUGGUGCGCUGUAGCUCUUGCCAUCCAAGCUUUCUAUGUCCAAUUCAAAUGGGACCGUCUGCUGCAGCAGGGGGGGGCUGUGUUCCAGUUCCGCACCACAGCGAACAGUGGGCUCCUGCCUGCCAGCAUGGUCAUCCCGUUGCUGGGGAUAGCGAUGAAGGAGAGGUGCAAGGCUGCUGGUAUCGUGUACUUUGAACGCUUUGGCAUAGUCGUAGCUUCCACGGGCAUGUUGGUUGCUCUAUUUUUGUCUGUAAUUGCUGUCGGCAUCACAAAACCUGUGCCCACCAACACUUGCAUACUCACUGGUGUUGCUGGCAGUAUAAUUAUCUAUACCAUGAAGCACUCUUUGACUGUUUCAGAAGUGAUAGAGGUCCUAGAAGUGCUGCUAAUUUUUGUCUACCUCAGUAUGAUCUUGCUCUACCUGCUGCCUCGAUGUUUUACUCCUGGAGAAGCACUGUUAGUUCUCGGAGGUAUAAGUUUUGUUCUCAAUCAGCUCAUUAAACGCUCACUGAAUGUAAUCGAGGGCAGAGGUGAACCCAUAGACUUCUUCCUCCUGGUGGCAGUUAUUGGAGUUGUUAUUCUUGGGCUUUUUUUCACUGUUCUCUUCAUUUUCAUGGAUUCGGGUACGUGGAUCUCCUCCAUGUUCUUCCACAUGAUGACAGCAGUGCUAGGUUUAGGAGUCAUCAUGCCUUGGCUUUACCGACUGAUCCGGAGGAACCCUUUGUUCUGGCUGCUCCAGUUUUUGUUUCAGACACAGACAAGGGUUUACCUUCUCAUAUAUUGGACUUUUUUGGCUGCUUCAGCGUGUGGCAUAGUUUUCUACCAGAAUGCCAAGAGAUCAUCUGAAUCUAAAAAACACCAGGCCUCAACCAUUACCAGAAAAUAUUUCCAUUUCAUUGUUGUAGCAACUUUCGUUCCCGGACUGAUUUAUGACCGCCAGCUUCUCUAUGUUGCUGCAGUCCUGUGUCUGGCCGUGUUCAUAUUCUUAGAGUAUAUUCGGUACUUCAGGAUAAAACCGUUUGGCCAAACUCUUCGGUAUUUGCUGUCUCUCUUCUUGGAUGAAAGAGACAGUGGACCUCUAAUCUUGACUCACAUUUACCUUCUUCUUGGCAUGGCCCUCCCAGUGUGGUUGUUCCCCAGAUCUUGUGCCCCUAAAGGCGCCUUGUCUGGGGCAGGAGCACUGGUCCCCUACGCUGGGGUGCUUGCAGUUGGGGUAGGAGACACCAUGGCCUCUGUUUUUGGCAGCACCAUGGGGGAAAUCAAAUGGCCGGGCACAAAGAAGACCUUUGAAGGGACAAUGACAGCAAUUUUUGCUCAGAUCAUUGCUGUGGCUCUUAUUCUGAUCUUUGACAGCAGCGUGAACCUGAACUCCAGCUAUGCCUGGAUUCUGGUGUCUGUGAGUUUAGUUUCUCUUUUGGAAGCUUAUACAACCCAAAUUGAUAAUUUGCUGUUACCUCUCUACCUCCAGAUCAUGUUUAUGGUUUAGAAGCACUUCCAAGAAUAGAAGUUUCUCCGUUUCUAGAGAAAAGCAGCAACAGAAUAUAUGCACAUCAAUCACAGAUGAAAGAUGAUCCAAACAGUGUUUUUCUUUCAUUAAAAAACAAAUGGCAAAAAAAAAAAAGUUUAUUUAAAAUAAAAGUUUUGUUUUGGUCUAUGUUUGUCAUAGUUUUUAAAACAGCACGAGUUGAUUUUUGUCGUCACAAGAACUCAGCCAUGACUGAUAAACUGCAUUAUCACAAAUGCUGUUGUUAAGGCGGAGGAAGAAGAGGUAAGUCAACUGCAGGAAAAAGAUUUUGCCACCUCUGCAUUGCAUCAGAGCCAAAACUUGUUUUACUGUACCGAGUCCUGGUGUCUUCUAUUACAGCCUACACAAACUGCUUGUUUCUGUAGAAGCACUGCUUAAAUCAUGUUUUAUCAUGAAAGCAGCCACUGCACAGAGUGAAUAUGACUUUCCUGAUGUACCCGGUCACCCUCAAGUCCCCAUGCACCACGAUGCAUGAACACAACUUCAAACACAAUACUUACAGAGCCUAAAUUAAUCAGUGGCAGGGCUGAGAUUGUAAGAGGCCAUUUAUUCCAAGCAGCACCAACAAGAAGGUUACAGUUUUAGGCCUGGAGGUUUAUGCAACAAGAAAAUAUUUGGGGUUUUGUUGUUGUUGUUGUUGUUGUUUUUCUUGAGAUUUUAAUCUCUAAAUUAUUUGGAAUAAUAUUUACUGGAGUGGAGAAAAAGUAAGCUAGCUCACAGAAAAUAACUAAUUAUGCAUUCACCAUGAAAGUCAAUAAACAUCUCUAAUACUUCUGCAGUUUC